AUGUAUAUAAAUAUAAGGGCGGCUAGAAGAACUACUUUCAGUACUACAACUUUUAUACCAAGAUAUGAGUUCCCCAAGUACAACAUGGCUCUUACCGAUUUUAAGGGACAUCAACUCAAAGCUCUUAAAAAAUUUGAAAAGUUGAUACCUCAAAUGAACAUGAUAAUAGAAUUGCGUGAUAUAAGAGCCCCCUUAUCUACAAGGAAUGUGAUUUUUGAUCGGAUCGCAAGAAAGGAACAUGAUAUGGUGAAAUUAGUGGUAUACACUAGGAAGGAUCUUAUGCCAGGGAAUAAGCCCUAUAUAGAUAAAUUGAAGCAGUGGCAUGAAGAGUUAGGGGAAAAGUUUGUUUUACUGGAUUGUCGGAGCAAAAUCGAGGUGGAGAAUUUGUUAAAGAUAUUAGAAUGGCAAAAUUACGAACUUGAAAAAAGCGGUGGGUACUUACCCAUGGGAUAUCGAGCAAUGAUUACUGGCAUGCCUAAUGUUGGGAAAUCUACUUUGAUAAAUAGUUUAAGGGCCAUUUUCCACGAACGCGAUCGAGAGCAUAUGGGAAGUGAGCGCAAGAAAGUGGCAAGAACUGGUGCAGAAGCUGGUGUUACAAGGAGCACAAGCGAAGUUAUUAGAGUAGCUUCAAAAACCACCGAGUCAAAAAAUGAAAUUUAUUUGAUAGAUACUCCAGGAAUCGGCCUUCCUGGGCGAAUUUCUGAUCAUAAUAGGAUGCUUGGACUAGCGUUAUGUGGUGGCGUAAAAAAUAAUCUUAUAGACCCGAUAUUCCAGGCAGAUUAUCUUCUAUAUUUAAUGAAUUUGCAAAACUUCUACAAUAAGAAAAGAGAGCUUUAUCCAGGAAAUUAUGCUUCUCCCACGAAUGAUAUAUAUGAGGUUCUAAGAAGACUUCAAGCAAACAACAGCCAAAGCGAGAAAUCAGUGGCUAUUGAGUGGACUAAUAAAUGGAGACUACAUGGAAGGGGCAUCGUUUUUGACCCUGAGGUACUGUUGAAUAAUGACGAAUUUUCCUAUAAAAAGUAUGUGGCUAACCAGUUGGAAAUGUUAGGUGAGCUUUCAUACGAGCGUUUAUCCGGCAAAUUGAGAGGAAACCCGAAUCAAGUAUUUUAG